UCUGUGUGUGUGUGUGUGUGUGUUCUCUUGGCCAUAAAUAGGAGCAUGCUUGCUUAGAGACCUGUUGAAAUUCAGUGAUCUGACUGUAGGAUCUGAGAUCCUAAAAUCUGAAGGAUUUAAAGAAAACCUUUUAGCUUCAAUUGAAUUCCUUUUAAAAGUCAAUUUUAGGUUCUGCUUUUUAAUUAUUUUGUAGGUUUUCAGAGUUAGGCUAUAAACAUGGAUAUAAUGAAUGACAUCGCAGAUGAUGGUUCUUUCAUGUUCACAUCAGAGUCAGUCGGAGAAGGGCAUCCAGACAAGAUUUGUGACCAGAUCAGUGAUGCUGUACUUGAUGCACAUUUAAGGCAGGACCCUGAUGCCAAAGUGGCUUGUGAGGCUGUUUGUAAGACUGGUAUGGUGCUUCUGUGUGGUGAGAUCACAUCCAGGGCCAGUGUGGAUUACCAGAAAAUUGUGAGAGACACCAUCAAAUACAUUGGUUAUGACGACUCUGAUAAAGGUUUUGACUAUAAGACCUGCAAUGUCCUGGUGGCUCUUGAGGAGCAAUCUCCUGAUAUUGCACAAGGCGUACACAUCGAUCGGCAUGAAGAGGACAUUGGAGCUGGAGACCAGGGUCUGAUGUUUGGUUAUGCCACCGAUGAGACAGAGGAAUGCAUGCCUCUAACCAUUGUCCUUGCCCACAAGCUGAAUGCCAAGAUGGCUGAACUGCGUCGCAAUGGCGUCAUUCCUUGGCUCCGUCCAGAUUCCAAAACACAGGUGACUGUACAUUACAAAGAGGAGAAUGGAGCAAUGAUUCCCAUGUACGUGCACACUUUAGUCAUUUCAGUCCAACAUGAUGAUUUCAUCUCACUGGAGGAGCAGAAGCGAGUUUUGAAGGAGAAGGUCAUCAAAUCUGUAGUUCCAGCUAAGUACCUCAAUGACAAGACUGUAUACCAUCUUCAGCCCAGUGGCCGUUUUGUCAUUGGGGGACCUCAGGGAGAUGCUGGACUCACUGGAAGAAAGAUCAUUGUAGACACGUAUGGUGGAUGGGGUGCACAUGGUGGUGGAGCCUUCUCUGGAAAGGACUACACUAAGGUGGAUCGCUCUGCAGCUUAUGCUGCACGCUGGGUGGCCAAGUCUCUGGUCAAAGCUAAACUUUGUAAGAGAGUUCUGGUACAGGUGGCUUAUGCCAUUGGAGUGACCUACCCACUGUCUAUCUCACUUUUUACCUAUGGUUCAUCUGAAAAGACAGAAAAAGAACUGCUUGACAUUGUCAACAAAAACUUUGACCUUCGGCCUGGUGUUAUUGUUAGGGACCUGAAGCUGAAGAUGCCCAUUUACCAGAAAACUGCCUGCUAUGGCCACUUUGGCCGGCCUGAAUUUCCCUGGGAGGUUCCCAAAACACUGGUAUUUUAAGCUGACCAAGGCUCAUGAUAUGCUUCCAUGAGACAAAGAGCAAGACCUCUAACAGAAUAACAGGGAAAAAACUUGCCCUUUCCUGUUCCCCUCUCUCUCUCUAUAUUCAUCUGACCAUCUAAAUGCUAUUAUAUAAUAUAUCUGAGGCCUUACAGUGAAAAUGAAAACUCUCUUGAGGCAGUAUAGUGUGCGUUUUUUAAAUAAGAUUAUAUGGUCUAAAGUUUGUGGACACCUGACAAUCACACCCAUAUGUGUUUUUUUUUUAAUCCCAUUUCAAAUUUAGCUCAGCUUUGCUGUUUUAAUAUCUUUGGGAAAUGCUUUCCACUAGAUUUUAAAGCCUGGCUGUGGGGAUUUGCUCUUUUGGCAUAACAUUACUGAUGUUGGGUGAGGAGGCCUUGGGUGUAAUUGCCGUUUCAAAUCAUCACAAAGGUGUUUAGUGUGGUUGAGUUGUGUUCAAGCACCUUCUGGUCUUUCACUACAAUCUUUUACUAUAAUCAAUACUUCAGCUUGCUUUGAGCACAGGGGCAUUGUCAUGCUGAAACAGGAUUCGGCCCAUGACUUUCAGUAAAGACAAAUUGUAAUUCUACAGCAUACAAAAUACACAUUAUGUACAGUUUUAUGGUAACUUUGUUGGUAGCAGUUUGAAGAAAAACCACAUAUAGGUGACAGUCGUUUGUCCACAAUUUCUUUUUUAGCCAUAUAGUGUAUUUUUCUGAUAUUUUAUAUUUGUGCUCAUACCUGUUUUAUGCGUAGAACACUGUCGACAAGAAAUCCCACAACAAUACGUGCCUUUAAAACAAACCCACCACAAGAAAAUGUGUGAUGCUCAGGGAAUGAUUGCAGUACCAGCUCUAAUUCAGAGCCAUUCAUAUCUUAAUUGUAAAUGCAUUAUAGAAGUUGUAAGCACACUCACUUCCUGUCUUAAGUCUUUAAUUACUGCAGCAGCUUACACUGCACUACCUGAGACUUAGUUAAGAUUUCUUUAGAGAAUCUGUGUAUAAUUUACAGACAUUUUUCAAAAGCUGUUACAAUUGCCUCAAACACAAAAAUGAGCUGUCUUGUCUUUAUCAUUUCCACCAAGGCAUAUGUGCUUUUUGUUAAGAAUUGGACAGUUUAUUUACUGACCAUCAUUUCUGUCUUAUGCAUUACUAGACGCUGCUAUAUCAAAAUGACCAUUCAAACAGUAUGUAGGUCACAACAAAUUGUGCAACUAUACUGUUAUU